GACUCACGGCUUGUGUGACUAAUCGCGUUAGUGGGAGGCUGAUUUUUCUGAUUACACUUUUUCUACUUUUUCACUCCAAUUUAGGUUAUGUUUAGAAAAUCGUAGGAUGAAAGAAUGCGCAUGAGAACUGACAAAGAUGAACUGAGGAGUAUAAUAAACAUGUCAUUUCCGGCAAGAAGUGGGACUCACAGAAAGGCGGUACCCAAUAAAAAAUGGAUAAAGCAGAGAAUAACGAUACUUUAUCCGAAAGUUUUUUUCUCUCAUCCACAACGGAAUCAUACAAUGGUUUAUUGGAUACAGAGUCUUCCAUCGAUUUAGAACUAAUUUUGAGCGAAUUUUAUUCGAUGUUGAAUCAGACAAUCGAAGACUCAUACUCAUUGUCAGAGGAGUUUCUCUCCACAAGAAAAGAUCGUCAACCAUCGAUUAUUAUUGCUGCUAAUAAUAAUGAUUACAGCGAAUCUGAAGAGUCUGAAAUAAGUCAGAUAAGAGACACCUCUUUUCCAAACUCAAUUGGCGGUUCUGUAAAUCGUUUGAGUCCAUCAGGAAUGUCCUUCUACAUGGGAAAAAUGGAAAACUCAAUUUGCUCUGGAGAAUUCACGCUUCCGGAAAAUUCGAAUUUGAUGACUCACACUGGAAUAAAAAUAAAUUGGAUCACCGACCAUCUUCCAAAAAAUGACAAGAACAUAGAAAAUGAAUCGUGUCCCACUUGGAAUUCUCUAAUAAAUAUGAGCUUCGAUGAUCGCAAAACCAAUCCAAAUUUAACUUCAGUGGAGCCCUUUAAAAUUCCUGAUACGAGUAUUCUAGUAGCCAACAGAGAAGAUUGCGAAAAAGAGAAGACAGUAAUUUACGAUCAGAGUUUGAAUUAUAAACAAGAUUCGUCUCUGAUCACAAGUUUUAAGAGUCGAAUCUCAGAUUCACAUUUUUUCACUCGGAGAAAAAAGGAACUAUACUUUCAAUCUCCUCGAAAAAUAAUCAAUCAAACGAUAGCUAAAGAAAUUGCGGACAGAAGCCAAGAAGAAGAAUUUGAAAGAAUAAUUGCAGAGUUGCCAGAUGUUACAGUGGCAGAUAUUUCACAUCCAGAAUGGCCAUCCUUCAACGAUGACGACCCAGAACAUGAAAAAAAAUCAUUGAAAUUUUCUAGAACUUCGACCAUCAACGAUUUGAAAACUUUGCCUCGUGAAAAUCUUGGUAAAUCCAAAUUUGGAUUGAGGGUUCUUAACUUUUUUUCUCGAAAAAAAAGCACAAGAUAUUUUAACUCUCCGAAAAAAUAAAUUCUAUUUUAAAUUAGUUCGGGUUUUUAAUGGGGUAGUUGCAUACUUUUAAAUAUAUUUUCUUCUUCUGAAAUCAAAAAAGGCGAAGAACGGAAUACAAUUACUUAAAGGAAGCUUUUUCACAUAAGGUACAUUAUUUUAGCUGUAAAAGUACCUUUUUUUUCGGGAAAAAUGAGAUCUUGCUGAUUGGACGAAGCAGAGGAAGUAGUAAUCAGCUAAUCAGCAUUUCAAGCAAACGAACCAGCAUUGGCUGGAACAGUUUUUUCUAGACUAACAAGUAAAAGUCAGUUAUCUGUAUAGGGUUUUAAAAACAUUUUUUAAAAUAUUUUUUUUCACAGAAAUUAUGUUUUCAACUUUUUUUUUAAUAUACUGCAAUUUAAUUAUGUAUUUAUCAAUCAGUAUCUAUCAGUAUUUAAAAAAUAUAUUAUCUAAAAUUCAUGCAACUAACCCAUUGUUAGAUUUCCUAAAUUAUUAAAGAAUAUUCGACUUGAUUAAAUUACAUUUAUUUUAUACAUAAGAACAUAAACCGAGUGAAAAACUUCACACUGGAUCUCUACGGACAAGGAAAAUUUUUACAAAAAAAGAGAUGUACUAUGUGCAUUUAUCUAUCACAAUAUUCAUUUAAA